UGCAGUUUCUGGCGGGAAUGCUGUCAGGUGUUUGAAGUUGUCUGUCGAGUGUUGUAUUAAAUUUUGGCAGUUGUCUUGAAUUCACAUGUCACAAUGCUACAGUGUGGCGAACUGGUUUUUGUCUAAACUUCGACUCAUGUCUCCAGGAGGACGAUUUUCGCUGCUGUGAUAAAAUGGCUGGAGACCUGGAAGGUAUCACACCAACGUUUGGACAUAGGGAGCAGUCCCUACUGAGCAGGCUGCACUAGAUGCGUAAUGACGGGGAACUCUGUGAUGUGACCAUCAUUGUCCAGAGCCAAGAGUUUAGAUGCCACAAAGUGGUACUGGCAGCAUUCAGCAGGUCCUUUCAGUCUUUGUUCACUGCGAUCAGUGGAAAGCCCAGACUUAGUGGUAAUCUAAAUGUAAGACUGGAUAACAAAAAUCUCACGGCUUCAGCGUUUGCCCACCUCCUGGAUUACCUGUACACCUGCCGUAUCCAGCUGACCAAGGAAAAUGCGACAGAAGUCCAGCAUGCUGCCAGGUUCUUGAACAUCAAAGGAGUCGCUGAGGCCUGUACAGAGUUACUGCAGAACUCAGAAACAAUGACAGGACGUCAUACUACAGAGACUGGGGAAACUGAUGCACUUGCAUCUGGAUCUGAAAAUUCCACAAAGACACCUGUUAGCACCAGCAGUGAUGAUAUGGUCCACAAGAAAGAGACUUUGCAAGGCAGCGCAACCUGUGAAGUAACAGACAAAGAAAGUGACAUGUUUGAAGCAGCAGCAGACAGUAGUCAACAUGCUUCUCAAAGCAUUACCAAGGUUGACACGGAGAGUGAGAAACUUUCCACUUGUGAGAAAGUAUCUUGUACACCUAUCAGCAAUACUUUUGUGUCAGCGUCUACAAUGCAAGGUUCUUCUUUGCAUGAUAGCAAUGCUUCAGGUUGUGGCAAUGUCGAGACAACAGUUGAAGCUGAACUGCCGAUCUUGAGUCAGUGGCUGCAGACCAGUGAUGUGGACAAGAAAACAGUGAUAAAUAAAGAGGCCUAUCCAUCCGAGGGCAUCCCAAAGGAAGUAAUUGAAAAGGACUUGAAUCAACUGCUUCUGGAAAAGCUUGAGACAGAACUGGGAGGGAUUCCAACCAUUGAAGAUCUGGAUGAGGAUCCUAUCGUGUGGGACCCAAUGGGUUGGAUCCAGGAUGAUCCAGAUUGCCUGGAAGGUGAAAGGUCAGAGGUUAGGUCAAAGGCCAGCUCUGGUGCCCACUGUGAUGAUGAUGAAGGAUUCAGGAGGAAAAGAAAAUUGUCAGGAGAGAUGUUUCCUUGGACGAAGAGAUCAAAGAUGGACGUACAAACUGCAUCUGCCCACACGUUAAGUGAUGACAGUUCAGAGGGCUGUGCAAAGAAGAAGGAUCCAGUUUUAUACAGCAUGCUUAAAGACACGUUUGAUGUCACAGAACUCGAAACACCAAAAAUGAAGAUGCCAGCUUCAGAAUGCAGUACACUGCCAGCUGCAGGAAGAGACCAAUCAAAGAAUGGUGACUGUGAUAAUGUAGUCCAAACCAAACCCCAACUUGAAAGUAAAACCAGCACAAACAAGGCUCUAGAGACCAAAAUUGAUUCCUCUCCAGCAAAUCUUCAUCCAUUUUCCAUGUCAGAAAACAGCCUAGCAGAGAGUAGAAAGCCUCGUUAUCCUCUUGCUAGAAAGGACCCGGAAAGAUACAAAAUUCCAAGCAACCCUAACAGUAGGGAUCAACAAAAGACGUUCUUUGGAGACUUUACUGCCAUCCGGGACACAAGUCAACAUGGUGAUGUUCCUCUAAACAUCCCAACAAACACGAAACUGAGGGGAGUCUGUGAGAAGAAUGGUACUGGUGCUGUGCCUUACUCACAGAAUGCGCAGCUUAGAACAGUCCAUAACCCCGCCAUUGUGGAUAGACCGAGAAGCGUUUUGUCUUCCUUUGGCAAAAGGGUUGUCGCUCGAGACCUUUUCUCAACCAAGCCGAGUGUGCCACAAUUACAGAAUCUGCAGUUCAAAACAGUCCACCACCCCAGCAUUUUCACAGGCUCUGGAGAAAGAGUCGUCAGUCAAGAUUCUCACAACCCAACCGUGCCUCACUCACAGAAUCUGCAGUAUAAAACAGUCCACAAUCCUGGUAUUGUGGAUAAACUGAGAAGUGUUUCGCCAUCCUUUGGAGACAAUGUCGUCGCUCAAGACCUUUGCGUAAGCAAACCAACUGUGUCUCACUCACAGAACAUGCAGUUCAAAACAGUCCACAACCCUGAGAUUGUGGACAAACCAAGAAGUGUUUUCUUACCCUUUGGAGAAAGGGUUGUCGCUCGAGACCUUUUCUCAACCAUGCCGAGUGUGCCUCAAUCACAGAAUCUGCAGUUCAAAACAGCCCAUGAUCCCAGCAUAGUGGAUCAACCAGGAAGCAUUUUCACGGGCUAUCAAGGAAGAGUCAUCACUCAAGAUAUUCAGAUAAGCAACCCAACCAUGCCUCGCUUACAGAAUCUGCAGUAUAAAACAGUCCACAACCCUGAGCUUCUCGAACACGGUCCUAUCCGAGGGGACGUCGCUAUCCAAAGCAAGGUACUCAAUUUCAUCCGAGUCAGGUGA